AUGCUUCAUCGGAAUAUCCGAAAGCUAUUGAGCGCCUCGCUACUGGUGCUGAGCGGCUCAAUUUUGGGCAGCUCACAAGGAAAUCAGCCAACAAUCAAGUACACCGCAUCCCGCGGGGAAAAUGUGAUAUGCCUCGGCGAGGUCAACACUGCGCGCGAGGCAGCUGGGUUGCCCAACUUCGGAGAGGCCUCAGGGGACGGACAAUUGAGUGAUCCAGGCACUUCAGAGUUACAACCAGAUACCGAAUGGAGAAAACUCUGCGAAUAUUUGAUUCCAACGCAAACAGAACCUGCAAAGGCGGCAAGUGCAGCGAAACCAUUUGAACAAGGAAUAUAUGCGUUCAAGUCCCUCACCACCGCAGAACCUAACUGCAAGGAGGCAGUUGAUUACUGGAAGUCAGCCUUCAAAAACUUCUCCGGACUGCCUCCAUCAAAGAGCCAAGCAGGACAGCUGUACAACAGCCAGGACAACGUUUCUUUUGUAGCCUUGUACAACCCCUCAUCCGAUGCCACUGCAGAUUGUCGAGUUAUCACUUGCACUAAAACCACUACCACUGGAGGGUCGGAGCAACAAAGUGAUCCACAGGAAAGCAAGGAAUAUGGCUACGGGAUGAUUUGCAAGACGAUACCUACCGCUUUUACAAACAACGAUUCUGUUCCAUUUACGCAGGAUCAGUGGGACAGAAUCAUAUCUUCGCUCACGGGGUCAGCUUCAGUCGCCAUCCCAGGUUUUGGUGUAUUUUUACUCGCAGUCUUUAGUCUGACAGCGCUAUGA